UGAAGGGGCUGCCAGUUCUGCUCCCGCUCCAGCCCGGCCCCGCCGCCUCGCUCCAUCCUCUUCCUCCCUCCUUCCCUCCUCUUCCUCCGCCCGCUUCCUCCCUCCCGCCUCCCCACCGAACUACACUUCCCAGCAUGCCUCGCGCGCGCCCGCCGCCCGUCCCGCCGCGCCCCCGCCGCGGUGCCCGCCGGGAGUUGUAGUUCGGGGGCUGCUGCGCCGCGGCCGGAGCAGCGCCGGGAGGCCGCGCGCUGCCCGGGCGGCCCCGGGCAUGGCGGAGGCGGCUCCGUGAGGGCUCCUCAGAAAUGACCUCCGGCCACUGCUCGCCGUCGUUGUUCCGUGUGGGUUUCAAUGACUGUCGUCGCUGCCGCUCCGCGCUCCUUCAAGCAGCAGAACUGAAAGCCUCACAAGACAGCGAUGGCUUUUCCUCUAGAAUUUGAAUAUGGAGGCCACGGGGACAGAUGAAGUAGAAAAGAUCAAAUCAAAGUUUAUGUCUGCAUGGCACAACAUGAAAUACAGCUGGGUGUUGAAAACAAAAACUUACUUCAGUAGGAACUCUCCAGUCUUUCUGCUGGGAAAAUGUUACCACUUCAAAACUGAGGCUGUGCUUUGCCUUGCAGAGCCCGGGGAGCUCCCUGCAGAUGGGUCCAAUUUUGAUAAACUCAGCACUGAGGUGUCAGGAAGUGUGGAGGAGUUCCGCAGGGAUUUCAUUUCCAGGAUCUGGCUGACCUACAGGGAGGAGUUCCCUCAGCUCCAGGGCUCUGCUCUCACCACGGACUGCGGCUGGGGCUGCACGCUCAGAACGGGGCAGAUGCUGCUGGCUCAGGGCCUGAUGCUUCAUUUCCUUGGGAGAGCCUGGGUGUGGCCAGAGGCUCUGGACAUGGACAGCUCAGACUCGGAGUCCUGGACCAGCAGCACGGUGAGGAAGCUCACGGCCUCCUUCGAGGCGUCGCUCACGGCCGAGAGGGACCCUGCCAUCCUGCCCCGGCCCCGGCGCGGCCCCGCCCGCAGGGACUGGGAUGUCACCGAGAGCAGGAACGAGGCUUACCACAGGAAAAUCAUCUCCUGGUUUGGGGACUGCCCCCCGGCAGCCUUUGGGCUGCACCAGCUGAUCGAGCACGGCAAGAAGUCCGGGAAGGUGGCGGGGGACUGGUACGGGCCUGCCGUGGUCGCACACAUCCUCAGAAAAGCUGUUGAAGAGGCGAGAGACCCUGAGCUGCAAGGAGUUACAGUCUAUGUUGCUCAGGAUUGCACAGUGUACAGCUCGGAUGUUAUUGACAGGCAGCGCUGUUCCGGGGGCUCUGGGAAGGGCACAAAGGCUGUGAUUGUUCUGGUGCCUGUGAGGCUCGGCGGAGAGAGAACAAACACUGACUACCUGGAGUUUGUAAAGGGAAUUUUAAGCCUGGAGUACUGUGUUGGCAUCAUUGGUGGCAAACCCAAGCAGUCCUAUUACUUUGCAGGAUUCCAAGAUGACAGUUUGAUUUACAUGGAUCCUCAUUACUGCCAAUCUUUUGUAGAUGUCAGCAUAAAGGAUUUCCCUCUUGAGUCAUUCCACUGCCCUUCUCCCAAAAAGAUGUCAUUCAAGAAGAUGGAUCCCAGCUGCACCAUCGGGUUUUACUGCAGGACUGUGCAGGACUUCGAGAAGGCUUCUGAAGAAAUCACCAGGAUGCUGAAUUCUUCAUCCAAGGAGAAAUAUCCCCUGUUUACCUUUGUCAAGGGUCAUUCUAGAGACUAUGACUUUGCUUCCAGUCCACUCCAUGAAGAAAAUAACCUUUUCUCUGAGGAUGAAAAGAAAAGACUGAAGAGAUUUAGUGCAGAGGAGUUUGUCUUGCUUUAAGGACAUUUUACACAAGAGCGUCGGCAGCUGUCCAGGAGAACACUUGCCUUUUAACUCUACGAAGUGUACCUGAAUUCCUCCCCCAGAAAGGCAAGCCUGUGCUGAAAUGGGUCUAUUUUCAUAAAGAUGAUAAUGUUUUAUAUGUUAAAAGUCUUUCAGAUGUCAGUUACUAAUGUGUGCACUAAUUAUUUUUGCCCACUGCUGGCUGGAGGAGCUCGGUGCCGCCGUGGUGGUGAAGGGAGAAUCUGCUCGGAGCUGGGUGUGCCUGGGCACCCCUAAAGCCCGGCCUGAGCCCUCCUGUGCUGCCAGCUGGGGCUGCCUCUGGCCAGGGAUGCACAUCCAGAGCCGUGGAGACCCCGUUGUUCCUGCGGGAAGGGGACAAGUCCCGGCUGUGUGGCCCCACCAGUCCUGGCACCACCCCGGGCAGCUCCUGCUGGGGAGGUGAGGAUGGGUCAGGAGUCGCUGUCACUGUCACUCCUGCCAUAAUGACACAGGCUGGAUUGGGAGUUAAGAUACUAUUUAGCAGUAUGACUUUCUAAUGGUUUCUCAUUAAGCUUGCUUUGGAGCCUUAAUAUGAAGAGUGAAGAUAAAGUAUUACCUUUCCCCACAAUUUUUAAAGGUUAUACUAUUAAUAUUAACUGCAACCAAUCAAAGCAGCUGGAGACAAUUAUUGGAAGAGAGCAGUGUUUGUUUCCUGUUUCAAUACCACAAUGGCAAAGCUUCUCCUGCCCGAGCAGCUUUUAAAUCAAAGCAAAGGGGGGUGGAUGUGGAAGAUUCUGGGCUGUGAUGAUUUUUUGUUUUGAUACGUGUUGUUACUGUACAAAUGAUUACUUGAUGAUGUGUGUUCUCAGAUUGCAAACAAAUGUACAGAAAUAGUUUCAUGUUUUAACAGAGUAAAUGCAAUAUUUAAAAAAAACCAUAUUAACGCUGCUUGGGAAAUAAAAGAGGUGUGAAAACA